AUGGGCCUCUUGAAGUUCUUCUCAUCCAAAAAGUCAUCAGAAAAGUCAGCGAACGCCAUUAGAUCGCAAGCCUACGAUGCUACCGCCCCAUCUCUCCCACCGACUCUUGGAACUUAUCCCGUUGCCGGCAAUGGUCCGACUAACGUCUUUGAAGACCUGCAGAGGUCACAUCACAAAAUGAGCGAAACCAACUUGUCUCUUGCAGCCGGUUCCGAAACUUCUGUCCCUGUUCUGCCUGCUCCGAGGUUUCGCGAUGCCAGUGUUGAGCGUCCCAGCUCUGCUCCGAAUGGCGCAGGCCCGAGCUCGGCAUCACUGUCAAGUCAUGGAAGAAGAGACUCGUCCAGGGGUCCACAACUGUCGUUCAGAAGACUGAGAGUUGGCUCAAUGACAUCGUCGACGGGGUCGCCAGUGCCGCGACGAGUAAGCCAUUCACCGGUGGUAUCUUUGGAGAAUGAGCCCUUUAGCCCGCCGAAGGCUCCGUUUGCACAUUCUCGUCACUUUUCGAUGCAAAGCAAUAGCUCCAUGGCUAGGAAUUUUAUCGACAUCCUGGAUGCGCAGUCUGAAAUAAAGCCGUCAGGAUUCCAGAACCGGGUAAAGGCGGCGGGGGUUCGGGACUACGGGGAGGAUGUUGCUGACAGGAACAUUGGCGUGAACGGAGUGAAUUUGGCCUCUGAAAAGGUUCAAGAGUUUUAUGCCAAAGCCAGCAGCCCUCGUGAUCGUCGGGAUGGCGCUAUCACAUCAUUUGGCUCGAGAACUCAGUUUGCGGACCAAGAGCAACUAUCCAGACCUUAUCAGGGCCACGAGUCCAUUAACGCGGGAGCUCGAACAUUGUCUUUAACGUCGGGCACACUCAGCAAAAUCCCGUUUCAAACCAUACUCUUUUCACCCGAGAGGUCUCAAAGACAUGAGAAGAUCGUCGAAGAUGUCCCGCAGUCGACUCGCAACCAACGAAGACAGUCUCUAGGAUCUUAUAUCCCGACUACCCCGUCCAACGGACCGCUAGGUCUUCGUAUAUCUGCCACCGAUACGCCCGUUUCUUCAAACAAUAGGAGAACAGUACGGCAUUCUGCAACUAGCGAAGGAUCCCCCGUCGACGAACUGGGGAUAUAUACAUCCCAACCAAACGGAUUGCCAUUGUCGCUGAAGGCGUCGCAGAAACCUGCCUACGUGGUCCGGCAAAAUUAUUCACUACCGGUACAGCAGCGGCCAAAGACAUCUAGUCAGGCUGAGAUGUAUCAAGCGGUGAGGCCGCCAUCGCGCGGAGGGUCAGUAGCCAAUUCCACCCUAUCCUCCCCAACCCUGAAAUCGCCUUCUAAGCGGCACACACUUUCCGCGACAGGCACAACCUUCCGCCACGGCGAAUGGUUGCGGAGUGCUAAGCCUGACGAAGGGAACGGUACAAGAGGGUGGGUCGGCCGGGUUGAGGUUGAGAGCCAUGUUGAUUCUGCGGAAGUGUCCUCGCCGGCGCCUUCACCGCAUGUGAUGAGGAGUGGCCACUCGUGGCGUGAUGGCCAAGAUGAGCGUUUGAACAGCCAUGGGUCGCCGUUUGGCAAGGUCAGGCUCGACGAGAUCUACGAGCAUGUGCCGAUGCGCAGGAGCAGUCUGCGUCACUGGUCGAUAUCUUCAGCAACACCCACAAUGUCUAGCUCCAGCUCGUUCCACCGUCCACAAUCACGACAUACAACUACAACUUCGGUUGAUCUGGCGACAAUGUCGUCGUUCAUGAACGAUAGUCUCCCCUCGCUGCAUAGCAGAUCUGGCGAUCAUACUUCAUUCACUACGGCGCUCGAGAGUUCUUUGCCCUCGCCUCUCGACCCGAUAGCAUCUGGUGCCGGAUUCAAUAUCGAUGACUAUUUGUCGUCGGACGAUGACAUUGACGCGGACUCAUUCAUCACGACACGCUAUCGAAAUUCGGGGGUUGAUGGAUCUCAUGAAGCAGACCUCCUGUUUGACGACACAGGAUACGGCAUAGGUGGCCUACAGUUGCCGGGCCUAUUUGACAGCCUCGUGACUGUUCCCGACCCUACUCUUACUUCACCGUCACACCCCAGUAUCAGACGUUCCAACGACAGCCCAAUACGCUUACAGCGGAGGCUAUCUCUCGACCCCAGGGUGGAAGCCCCCAUCUUCUCCCUCGGCGAGGAAACCGGGGAGGAAGACGUCGAGCCGGAUGAAUAUAAUGUUCUUCCGGUCAGGGCGGACCUGGCGCUGGGUCGGCGGGGAACCAGGAGAAUCUCGGCCAUCGGAACAACGUACCAAAGAAUUGAGGAGGAAAAGGAGGAAAAGGUUGACGUGCGGGCAGCCGUGAGACUGCGCAAGGAGGCCAAGGCACGGCAGCGGGCCAUGGCGAGAAUUGACCGGUUGGAGAAGAGAAAGGCUCUUGUUACUGACUCUUCAACUGAGGCGGGUUUCAUUCAGGCUAACUGA